AUGGCCUCUUACGAAGACUUCAUGCCGCUAGAUGAGCGCAAAGCACUCCGUGCAGAACUGGCCGCAGGAGACGAUUACCCGUUCAUGCUUGCACUUCCUAAAGUAGAACUACAUCUACACAUCGAGGGAACACUGGUCGCGGAUUUGCGAUGGAGAAUCGCCCAGCGCAACAACCUGACGCUUAUCAACCCGCGUACCAACCAGCCUUACGAAAAUGUGGACCAGCUGGCCGCUAACUACGAAACAUUCACCUUCUUCGAGUCCUACUACGAGGGGUUCAAGGUGCUGUUGACGAAACAGGACUAUUUCGAUCUGGCGAUGAAUUAUUUCGAGAGGGCCGCGGCCAUGAACGUGCGUUAUGUCGAAGUAUUCUUUGACCCACAGGGCCAUACGCAGCGAGGGGUUUCGUGGGAGACGUUUAUGAGUGGGUUCAAGGAGGCCAGUAAAAAGGCAGAGAAAGAGCUGGGUGUCAUGUCCGCGUGGAUUAUGUGUAUCCUCCGCGACGAGUCCCCGGAGUCAGCCAUGGAACACUACGAAGCAGCGCUGAACUACCGCGACAUGAUCAUCGCGCUGGGUCUAGACUCGGUCUCGUACAAGCUGCCGCCGUUACUGUUCGAAAACGUCUGGUCGCGAGCCCGUGCCGAUGGCUAUUUCAAGCUCACCGCCCACUGUGACAGCGGCGCCAAAGAAGACAUCUACCAACACAUCCGCGAAACUGCCUGCCAAAUGGGCGGAUAUGGAGCAGACCGAAUUGACCACGGCUUCGACGCCGCCGACGACCCGGCUCUGAUUGAGAUAAUCAAAGAGCGCGGCUUGGGCUUGACACUCUGUCCGUGUGCGUAUCUACGCCAUUAUCCUGUCGAGGCCGUGUACUCCAAGAUCGCGAUGCUGUACAAGGAGGGCGUCAAGUUCUCGAUUGGUAGCGAUGAUCCGGCAUAUAUGGACGACAACUGGCAGGUCAACAAUAUGCUGCUCGCAAAGCAUAAGUGCGGCCUGAGUGACGAGGAUAUGGUUGUGGUAUGCAAAAAUGCAGUGGACAUGUGUUGGAGCACGAUGGAAGUAAAGAAAGCCAUUUUGGAAGAGAUUGACCAGGUGUGGGAGAAGUAUAGAAAAUAA